GAAUUCUACCGACUGUCUGCGAAGCUGAAACACACAAUACCUGCCAUUCUGGUUCUGCUGGACCUGGGUUUGAACAAUAUUCCCAUCCGUUUGCUGCAUGGUAUCUACUCCCUGUGUCUGGGUGUCCUCUAUGCUCUCUUCACCUGCAUCUACUGGGUUGCAAAUUAUAAACUGGAUGGACGAGGAAGCUCAGACAUCAUUAAAUUCUUACCUGAGCACGCUGAUGAAACCAGUCUCAUUGUGAACGAGGAUGCGGAACUGUUGACUCCAGAAAGGCCCACUUGCCACACACCUCUGAUUAACAACACUGUGCACUAA